UGCUCGCCCUAUCAAAUUUCCCGCUCUUUCAUAUCUUCUUUCUCCUUCCAGCUUUAGCUCGAAAUAUUCGCCGCGAUCCAGGGAUUGCUUUACGACAAGAUCAGGACGAUUUUCAACGCAAAGGCAUUAUAGAUUUGUCGCUGCAACGCGACACAUUCUCGCCAGAGCCUCUAACAAAGAGAGAUGGAACGAAAUAUGUAUUUAUGCAUCAUUUGUUGUACUCGCAGAUACCCGUAUGUGUAUAAUAACUGGCUGAGUGACGUCCAACAGAUAUCGGCCAUGGGCGUAGAUGCUGUCGCACUCAACAUAGGCAGUGAUACGUGGCAAUGGGACCGCGUUGUCGACGCUUACAACGCUGCCGCGGCCUCAGGAACUGGCUUGAAGAUGUUCAUUUCCUUUGACUACACCUCCUUCGUUUGCGACAAUGGUUACGCAACUACCAACUGGACAAACUAUUUCGCCAAGUAUCCCGCUCAAUUCACUGUCAACGGGAAACCCAUGAUUUCCACCUAUGGUGGUGGUUAUGAUUGCUUGGGAGUCGCCAACUGGAAAACGGUCAAAGCUAACACCAACGGAUAUCUGAUGCCUUUCUUCUGGGAUUCGGAGAACACCUUCAAAACUGAUUGGGCCUUUUUGGACUCUUGGUAUUGCUGGGGAUGUGCUUGGCCACAAGGCGAUUGGGAUAAGAACACUACUGACGAUCAAUACUACAUUCAGCAACUUGGCGCCGGUCGGUAUGCCACCACUAUUAGUGGUUGGUUCUUCACGCACCUCAGCUCGAAGAACUUCUAUCUGCGUGGCGACGAUUGGCUUAUAAUCAACCGGUGGGAUGAGCUUUUCCAACUGCGCGAUCAACUGACCUUUGUCGAAAUGGUCACUUGGAAUGAUUACGGCGAAUCCGACUAUUUUGGUCCUUUCGAGGGAGCACAACCUGCUGGCACUUACUGGGCUCAAAAUUACCCACAUACGGCUUGGAUAUCUCUUUCGAAAUAUUACAUCACUGCAUACAAAACUGGAGCCUACCCAACCAUCACUCAAGAUGUAGUGUACUGGUGGAGCCGGCCACAUCCCGCGCUAGCUACAGCGACUGGUGAUUCGCUUGGAAGACCCAAUGGCUACAAUUGGGCUGAUGAUUAUCUAUGGGCUGCCGCUUUCUGUUCCUCGACGUGUACAGUCACCCUCACACUCGGUAGUUCCACGCAGACUUUCUCAAACCUCGCCUCCGGCGUCAACAAACUAAAGCUCCCGCUUGCUGUCGGUACAGUCGGCAUCAAGAUGGUCAAAGGCUCGACGACUGUCAUCAACGCGUCUCCCACUGGAUUCAGCGUGGUUGCUACUCCGUCACAGUAUAACUACAACGUCUUUGUUGGAGCGGAGACAGCGACUAUUGCGGUGACUGGUACCUCCAGCAGCAUCUCAACCUCCACUACGUCAAGCACGAGUGCGACAGCAACAAGUUCUUCCACUCCGUUCACUUCUGUGGGAUGCGUUGCCGAGGGUACGACGGGUACGCGCCGUGCUCUGACUGGUGCCAAUUAUACGAACAGUGCAAUGACUCCGGCUAAAUGUCAAUCCUUCUGUGCAAGUUAUACAUACGCAGGUACUGAGUACAGUACACAAUGUUAUUGCGGUAAUUCGAUCACGAACAACGGAGCAACUGGGACCGUGGUAGCGUCAAGCAAUUGCAACUCCAAGUGCGGUGGAGACUCGUCCCAAUCAUGUGGAGGAAGUUAUUACUUGAAUCUGUACUCCAAAUCGGGUUCUCAUUGCUUCCAUCACCAGUAGCACCAGCAUCAAUAGAAGUACAACAAGCACCAGCACCAGUAGAAGUACGACAAGCACCAGCACAAGUAUUAGUUCCAGCACCACCAAAAGUAGUACCAGCAGUACUUCCACU